AUGGCCGGAGCUGUUGUACCACAAUCCUUAGCUGAUGGUGUUUAUUUUAUUCCAAUGCUUGAUGGCACUAAUUUUUCUGACUGGAAAGAUUCGGUUCAAUUUACCUUGGGAUAUAUGGACCUUGACUAUGCACUCCGUGUGGAGCAACCACCUGCUGCCACGGAUACAGAUGCACAGGAAGUUAUUGAAAAUCGCCAAUGGUGGGAGCGAUCUAAUCGCCUAAGUCUAAUGCUCAUAAAGUCUCGCAUGAGUAAGAGCAUUAGAGGUUCUAUUGGUGAUUGCGCUACAAUUAAAGAAUUAAUGCAGGCAAUUGAGGAACAGUUUGUUCGCUCUGACAAGGCUUUAGCUAACACUCUUAUCAGACAAUUCACUACUAAAGCCUUUGACAGUUCUAAGGGUAUGCGUGCAUACAUUACAGAAAUGAGAGACAUUGUUUCUCAACUUAAGGGCUUAAAGAUAGAGAUAUCUGAGCCAUUCUUGGUCCAUUUCAUCCUUGACUCACUGCCAUCUGAGUAUGGACCUUUCAAGAUCUCUUAUAACACACAUAAGGAAAACUGGUCAGUUACGGAUCUUCUGACCAUGUGUGUGCAAGAAGAGAAAAGGAUGAAGCAUGAUCGACCUGAAAGUGCAAAUAUGGUCGUGAAUGAUAAAGUUAAGAUCGAGAAGGGCCAAAGUGGACCUCAAAAGAAAAGGAAGCAUAAUGUGCUAUCAAAAUCCAAUGGAUCUAAUGGAAAAAAGGUGACCUGCUUCUUUUGCAAGAAAGAGAGACAUGUAAAGAAGAGUUGCAUCAAGUAUAAAGAGUGGCUUGAAAAGAAAGGUAGCUCUAUAUCUCUUGGUUUUCUCACCAGAAGGAAACCAACAACAAGUGAACUUUGGGUUUUCACUGGAAAUAAAGGGCUUUCACAAGUUGUUGCAAUUGGAGUUUUUAGAGUGAUUCUCAAAUUGGGACAUAAUAAAAUUCUUGUUGGUUCUGGAACUUUAGUUGAUAACCUUUUUAAAUUAGAUAUUCAUCCCGAUUUUGAAGAGAAUUAUCUCUCUCUGCAUUCAGUUGGCAUUAAAAGAAACUUUUUGAAUGAAAAAUCUUCUCUACUAUGGCAUAAGAGAUUGGGACACAUCUCUAUAGAGAGGAUGAGACGGUUAGUAAAAGAAGGAGUCCUACAGGAUCUUGAUUUUACUGACUUCAAGAAUUGUGUGGACUGCAUAAAGGGCAAGCAGACCAUCAAUAAUUCUAAAGGUUCAAGAAGGAGCUCAAGUGUUCUUGAGAUUAUACGCACAGAUAUAUGUGGACCAUUUUCUACCCCUUGCCUGAAUGGUCAGAGAUAUUUUAUCUCAUUUAUUGACGACUAUUCUAGGUUUAUGUAUCUUUAUCUUCUGAAUGAGAAGGCUCAAGCACUAGAUGUUUUCAAAGCCUAUAAAGCAGAAGUAGAGAAUCAAAGUGAAAAGAAAAUCAAGAUCGUAAGAUCUGAUAGAGGAGGGGAAUAUUAUGGUAGGUACACAGAACAUGGACAAAUUAAGGGUCCAUUUGCAAAUUUCCUUUAG